GUGGCUCGGUCACUGCUUAAUAGUCAGCGUGGCUCCAGUGUAGUGACGCCGUCACAAGUCGCUACCCGCUUUCCCGUUGACGGUUUUGUCCAAUUCUUUGGUACCACAAGCCUUCCGUCGUGACCUGUCGCCUUCCCGUAGUCCCCGUCGUGUCAAUCCUUGCGAAAUAUUACUUGGAGCAACAGCACACAUCCCUUAUAUGUCUCCGCGAACUUGUCUCUUUUAAGGUCAAGCCAUCAUCCCGUCCAAACUUUUCUGCAAUCUACUUCCAACCCUUCCCUCUCUCACUCUCUUCGCCGUCGUUCCCAAAUGCGCCGAUAGAACGACAUUAUUCCUUAUUCAUUUCUUUACAUUCUACACUUUUGUCCGCACAUAACUUAUAGCCUGUCGCCUUACCUUCUCACAGACCCAAGAUGGGGCUGUUGCGAUAUUUUGCGAGAUCAAAAAUGGGGUCGAAAUCAGAGACAAGUUUUCCCAUGCGACCUCUCUUCAUCUUGGCACUCUGCCGCAUCUGCGAGCCAAUCGCGUUCACGUCAAUUUUCCCUUAUAUCUACUACAUGGUGCAAUCUUUCGGAAUCGCAAAGGAUGAGAAACAAAUCUCCAUAUAUGCAGGAAUGGUUACCUCAGCUUUUGCUAUUGCGGAAUUUUCUGCCAGCAUUUUCUGGGGAUGGCUCAGCGACAAGAUUGGCCGCAAACCAGUGUUGCUCACAGGCCUAGCGGGCACAGGCAUUAGCAUGCUUAUUUUUGGAUUUGCAAAAAGCUUGCCCGUCGCCUUACUGGCACGGACAUUAGGUGGCUUGUUGAAUGGCAAUAUUGGAGUCAUUCUCACCACCGUCGGGGAAGUAGUGACUGUCGAGGCCCACCAGUCCCGAGCCUUUUCGAUCAUGCCGUUUGUGUGGUGCAUAGGGUCGAUCAUUGGUGCUGUCAUUGGAGGCACCUUGGCUGAUCCUGUCAAAAACUGUCCCUCCAUUUUUGGGAAGAGCGCAUUCUUCAUCGAGUUCCCGUACUUGCUUCCGAAUUUGGUUUGCACCGGCGUGGUCAUGCUCGGCUUAGCUGUGGGCUUCUUGUUUCUGGAAGAGACCCAUCAGGACAAGCGUAAUCGAAACGAUGUUGGCCUAAAGUUGGGGCGUCAAAUUCUCCAGCGUGUGCCAUGCGUUGGUCGUCGACCGUCUGAAAAGGGGAGUUCCGCGGAUCCUAGACAAAGCGCCGAUGAUGAAAAGGGUGACUAUCACGCCAUUCCAACAUCCCCCAAAGUAGCCGCGACCAAUCCAGUUACCCCGGAUCUUGCGACACCGACGCUUCUUUCAGAAAAGGUUCAGGAGGAACCCAAGGUUUCAGUGUGCAAGAGCUUGACCAGGCAGAUUAAGCUUAUUAUCGUGAGCUAUGGGCUGUUAGCUUUCCAUACAAUUGCAUUGGAACAGCUUUUGCCCAUACUGUUCGCUUCAAAAGACUCACAGGAUACACCUGUGUAUCCAUUCAAGUUCGACGGUGGCUUCGACUUGUCCGCACAGACGAUUGGUUUCUUGCUCUCUUUCCAAGGCUUUCUGCAAAUGAUUGCGCAGGUUAUCAUCUUCCCACGAGUAAGCGAUCGCUUUGGCCCGCUUGUCACUUUUCGAAUCGCUGUUUUGGGAUAUCCGGUUCUGUACCUAUUGAUCCCCUAUCUUGCCUUGGCCCCACGAUCCUUGCGUUUUCUCUGCAUUUCUGUGGUUCUUCUAUGGAAGGUGACAGCACAAUCAUUCUCUUUCCCGUCGCAAUCGAUCAUGCUUUCGAAUUCGGCACCAUCCAAGCGGGUUCUUGGUACGCUAAAUGGCAUCGCAAUGUCAGCGGCGAGCUUGGCAAGAGCAUUUGGUCCUACCAUCAUUGGAUAUAUACACGCGCUCGGUCGUCAGUCAGGUUAUUCGAUCUUCUCGUGGUGGUCAUGUGCUCUGGUAGCCGUGCUUGGAGCAAUAGUGAGUUUGCUCAUGACGGAACCGGGACGUCGGUCAGAAAUGGCCACAGUUGCACAAGAUGAACACGAUGAAGAGAGGGCUGAAGCCCAACCCCUUCUUCCACGCUUGUCCGACGAGCUAGAGGCGAACGGUUGUUGAAUCAGAAUUCUGGAUGAGCCUUGAAAUUAGCCCUGGGCUUGAUACAUGAUAACCGAAGGGCACACGGCAUUACGGAGGAAUUUUCCUAAGUUUCACAUCGCACUGCGAGUUUUUCAAAAUGGGCGGCACUAUUGAGCGUAUUACAAACGAUGCUACUAGAGACAAUUGUCUGUUCUUUUGACACAAGAGUCAACUGGAAAGAUGCAUAGAUGCGAUGUCAACCUACACAUAGACCUGGAGUUUUCGGAAGGUUUUGCACGGUUUUGGGCGUAGAGCACUGGGAAUACCCAUAUUUUGCAUUGUAAUUUCUGAAUGUACAAGUAAGAUACCCGAGAAAGCAAAAAAUUUUAAGUGUUUCAAGAGC